AUGAAACAUAAGAAGCAAAAAACGGGCGAGGCCAGAGUUGGAUCGUUAGAGAAGUUUGAAAGACUAGCCCGAGAAGCUGUAGAUCUCAAGGUUCCGGUUGGAGUGUAUGGGGAGGUUGGAAGAUCCUCAUUGGUAAGUAGGCUUCAUUCAGGGAUUUAUAGCAAAGGUGGACGGUUGGUUGAGAUUGAUUCUCGAGAAAUAACUGAUGCAAGAACAUUAGGAGGUUUCUAUGCAGUCAAGGAAGGAGAUGUUGAGUACAUGAAGGGAUUACUGAUUGAGUCUAUGGAGAGAGGAGAUUGGGUUUUGUUCAAAAGAAUUGAUAAGAACCAUGGGCUGAUGCAAUAUCUUUUUACGGUAGUAAAGUACAGAAGGCUGCUGGGAAACGAUGGGAGGGAGGUUCUUGCACAUGAAGAUUUUAGGAUAUUCUUUACUUCCAAUGAUAUAUUGGAUAUGGAUGACAUUGUGUUUGUAGGGCCACUUGGGUUUAUGUUUGAAGAAGCAAUGAUGAUGUUUGAGAUAGCAUGUGUUAGACAGCUUCUUAUGAAAGUUUUCGAAGUUAUUUCUACUCACUGGAAGGGGUGUUCGAAGGAGAAAGGAGAGGAAUGCCAGAGAAGUUGCCUUAAAAUUGCAUGCAAGAACAACGGAUGGUGUUUGUUUAAGGAAUCCACAGUUUGUGGAGCCCAUUUCCGAUCUCUCCAGAGAAUUAAGAAGAGACUUGAAGGCAGUAACGGAACUAAAACAGAGGAGCGAGUAAAGGUAUAUCAAUCAGUAUGCAAUGUAUUGCUUAGACACGAUUCGGAUUCUUUAAGAUAUCUUCUUGCAUUGACUGAUAUUCCAGAUAUUUCACUUCAUGGAUUAGACUUUGCUAAAACUAGUUCUGUUGAAUGGGGCAUCUUCAAUCUUCUAUGGAACAUUAAAAACAGAGACCACACCUUAUUAAUUGGAGAUACAGGGGUGGGAAAGACCUCAAUGAUUCAGUAUCUCAGCUCGAAGUCCCAUUUCUUCUUGGGAGUAGCGACCAAGUUAAGGGUUGUAAACAUGUCGGCAGACUUUGAUGGAACGGAUUUAAUUGGAGGAUAUGGGACUCUAGACAUCAACAAGGCUAUAGAGAGGAUAUGUAAUCAGGAACGGCUAAGCACACCAGUCUGUUAUGGAAACAAAGAGAAGCUCGAAUAUCUGAGGGAGAAGCUUUCUCUUCGAAAAGAAGAUGGGUUAAAACAUGAAGGGGCUAUCAAAAAGAUUGAUGAUCUUCUCAAACUACUAGAAAAAAAGGUGCAUUUUGUCUAUAAAAAGGGAAUUCUUACAGAAUGUAUGGAAAACGGAGAAUGGCUGCUUCUUGAUGAAAUCAACCUUUCCUCUGAAGAGACACUUGACCUGAUAGACGGGGUCUUGGGUAAGAAGGAAAUACUCCUCUACGAAAGUGGAGACUUGAGGCCACUUGAAAUUCAUCCGGGAUUUAUGCUAUUUGGAUGUAUGAAUCCUGGGGGAGAUUUUGGAAAGAAGAAGUAUGAGGGGGUUGAAUUUAAUAGCGUGCAUAUUCAUGAUUUCAGUACUUCGUUGAAGGAUAUUAAUCUUGUGAUUCAUUCUGUGCUUAAGUAUGAGAUCUCCGAAGAAAGAAAGAGCAAGAUAGGGGAAUUCUUUUUGGAAUUGAAGAACAAGGUUAGAAAGGGAGAGCUUGGGAAUAUAGUUGAGCCCUUGAUAAGCGGAAGAAGCCUUGUUCGAGUUUUAAACUUUAUCAGAAGAAGAGCAGAGAAGGGGUUUGAGCAGUCUGUAUGGGAGGGAUUUGAUUUGUUUGUGUUCACACAGCUGGACUUUGUUAGCCGUUCUAUUGCAAUUUCUCUCCUGUCGAAGUACUUUGCAACCCAAUCCUUGAGUGUUGAAAGGACAAAAGUUAAAGAUGGAUUUGUUCUAACACACAGGAUUCAAACAUAUCUGAGAAUAAUGGAGCUAGGGGUUCUAUCUAACUGCCCAUUGCUUCUACAGGGGGAUACAUCUACAGGGAAGACAAGCAUGGUUUUGUUUCUAUCCAAGGAGAUGAAUAAGCGUGUUAUCAGGAUAAACAACCACGAACAUACGGAGGCUUCUGAUUACAUUGGUAGCUUUACUUGCACCAGCAGAGGAGUUGAAUUUCAAGAAGGAGUUCUUGUGACAGCAAUGAGAAGAGGAUAUUGGGUUAUUCUUGACGAACUAAAUCUUGCAUCUAGUGAUGUACUUGAGGUGUUGAACAGACUUUUAGAUGACAAUAAGCAGAUAUACAUUCCUGAAAUAGAUGAGGUUGUUGUUCCUCAUGAAAACUUCCGAGUGUUCGCUACGCAGAACAUAGGGUAUGGAGGUAGAAAAGGAUUGAGCAAAGCAUUUAGAAAUCGGUUUGUUGAAAUGUUUUUCAAUGAAGGAGGGGAAGAAGAGAUACUAGAGAUUCUUCAUGGAGGAUCGGGGCUUCCUAAGAGCUUCUGUAAGAAGAUGGUUGAAGUUUAUAGUGGACUUAGAUCGAAAAGAAGUGUUAAUGCUCUAGUGACCCUUCGAGAUCUUUUCAAGUGGUCUGGAAGAGUGCCCAGAAGCUUAAGCGAGGUAUGUUUUCUAGGAAUGAGUAUAAUAUAUGAAAGACAAAGAGAAGAAAAAGACAGAAGAUGGGUAUUCCAGGUUUUUUCUGAGUCUUUCGGGGAAGUAGAAGUGGAAAGGUAUGGAAGGAUUAUCACAGGAAAAGAAGAUAAGGAAGAGAUAGUAAUUGGUAAAAAGGGAACCAACUUGAAGGAUUUAUCCCUAGCAGCCGAAGAACUUUAUGGAAAGAAGCUCGUGUUUACCGAUACAUUCAGGAAAAUGAUUAGUCUGACGGUUCUAGCAUGGGAAAGUAAAGAACCAAUUUUGAUUGUUGGAGAGACUGGAAUAGGGAAGACAAAAAUAUGCGAUGUGGUCAGCUCGUUGUUCAAGACAAAGCUGAUUACUUUAAGCAUGCAUAGAGGUAUAGAGAGCUCUGACUUCAUCGGGAAUUUUGUUUUUGAGAAUUCAAAGGUGGUAUGGAAGGAUGGGCCUCUUGUCAGAGCAAUGAAGAACGGAGAAGCAUUCCUGAUUGACGAAAUCAAUUUGGCGGAGGAUUCUGUGCUUGAACGACUCAACAGUGUUUUGGAACCACAGCGCACCCUAUACAUAACGGAGACAGGAAAAGAGGUGGUUGCACACGAAGGAUUUCGAAUACUGGCGACUAUGAAUCCAGGAGGGGAUUUUGGAAAAAGAGAGUUAAGCCCAGCACUUAGAAAUAGAUUUUCGGAGAUGUACUUUGAAGUCUCCUCGGAUGAGAUUCCUCUGGUAUUUGAUCAUCUCAUAGAUAAACGGCUUGAAGAAGUAGGUAUGCCAAAGGAGAGCAGAGAUAUGUUCAAGUCUUUGGCGAGGUCACUUGAUACGUCUAUCAGGAAGCUUGAACUUGUGGUUGAUUUUAUAUACAGGCGCUAUACUGGGAGAUUUGAAGAGGUUGUUUGCAUGGAGAUGUUUGAUGCAAUAAGUGCAUGGAGAGAAGCACUAGAAAUUAUCGAGGCGAACAGUUCUGAAAUAGAGACGAGAUACAUUGAAAACGAAAAGAUGUUUGGGGCGUUUCCAUACCUAGUAGGAUACAAAAACCCAUCCUCAUUUGAUUUUGAAUCUAAAACACCUACUUUAAAUCUUAGGAGAGUACUCCGAGCGAUGGGAUUGGGAAGAGGAAUUAUGCUGGAGGGAGAUCCUGGAAUAGGAAAGACAAGUAUAGUGCAGGAGAUAGCGCGAAAGAUGGGGAAAAAGUGUAUUAGAGUGAAUCUAAGCGAGCAAACGGAGCUAUGCGAUCUGAUCGGAAGUUAUCUCCCAAUUGACGGGGAAAUCCGCUUUGUAGAAAGUGAGUUACUACACAGUCUUAGGAACGGAGGAUGGAUAAUUCUUGACGAGAUUAAUCUUUGUACUCAGAGUGUGAUUGAAGGAUUGAAUUCUGUGCUAGACUACAGAAGAAAGCUCUUUAUACCUGAAGUCACAGUUGAUGUUCAUAGGGACACCCGAAUAUUUGCAACUCUCAAUCCAUGCAGCUCUAUAAAUGGACGAAAGAUGCUUCCAAAAAGCUUUCUUGAUAGGUUUGUAAGAAUCAAGAUGGACGGGUACACGGCGGACGACAUUGCACAAAUCCUCCACAAGAUGUUUCCAAGACCUGUGAUAGUGAGUUCGGCCAGUCUAAGAGAAAAUAUCCGAGCAAAUCAAAUGGGGAGUUUGGAAUCUAAGAAUAUUAACUAUUUUAUAGAUGAGUCUAUUGUUAGGAUUGGAUCUGCUCACAUCCAAAGAAAGGGAGGAAACCUGGAUUUUGUACUAGUUCAUUCGCAACUCCAGCAGAUGGAAAUGAUCAUGAAAUGUGUGGAGAUGAAUAUUCCACUUGUUAUAUCUAGAGGAGUGGGGAGAGAUUCAUUACUUCGGUUUGUAUCUUCUGUGUUUGGGCAGGAAAUGAUGCUCUUCAACUGCCAUAAGGAUACGGACGUGUGUGAUCUUCUCGGGCAAUACCAAAAGAUGGAAAAUGGAAUGUUUGAAUGGCGUGAUUCUGCAAUUGUGCAAGGGAUAAAAAGAGGAAUGAUUGUUGUCUUUACGGGAGUUGAGUUUGUAGAGAAAUCUGUUUUUGACCGGUUAAAUCCUUUGUUUGAAUCGGAAAGAAUAUUGAAUAUAUAUGAGAGAGGGAUUGACACAAAUGUUGUAGUUAAUCCAUCGACACGAUUAAUUCUGUUAGUAAAAGAGCCCAGUAUGCUAUCACCGGCACUACUUGAUAGAUGUAUGCAUGUGGAAUUGAGUGAUAGACUCGACUAUAUUGAUUUGUGGAAGUUGUUUGUAAGGCAAUCCAACUCUAGUUCUGUCUUUCAUGAAGACUUUUAUGGUCUCUCUAUGGACCGCAGCCAAAUUGAUUUUGGAUUGGAUUUAAAGAGAUUGAGGUUGUUGGAGGUAUGGCCUAGUUUUCUCGGCAGACAUCUUUGUGGUGUAUGGAAUGCUUUGGAGGAAUCUAGGAUUGACGAGAUGUUCCAAUUCCAAAGAAAAAACAUAGAAAAUUAUGAGAUAGAUUUUGAAAUUCUUCAUUUCUACAACAAGAUCCGACUUUAUGUUGAAACACCAGACGACGAUGUGUCCAAAAUUAACCUACUUAAAAGCAUUUCUACCAUGAGCUCUGAAGAUCGGAAAGCAGUGGCAUUUAUCAAGUCUGCAGAUCUCUCGAUCUUUAGCCGUUUUCAUGAUCAAGGAGGGUGUUCUCUUAACUUCCCGAAAUCAUCCAGAGAUCUAAAAGUAAAGGCCAUCAGGUGCCUUCGAGAUAAGAAGUUUUCUGAUUACAAAAAGUUAAGAAUGAUUGUGGAGCAGCUUCCGGAUGUGGAAUGGCUUCUCCAUUCCGACUUCGAUAUGUUUUUCUUUGAGUUUAUCGAAAGAUGCUUAAAUGAUCCUCUGGAGAUGGUAAGGAAAGGAUUGAUAGCAGAGAUGAAUGAGUUUGAAAACAAAAGCCUUUCGGAGAUAUAUGGUACUAUGAAGAAUAUGUACAAAUAUGGAAAGGGAUCUAUAGAGAAGAUGGUGGAUAGAUAUGAAAAGGGUAUCCAGGAAUAUAAGGCCAAAAUCCAGGAGAUUGAAGGAAGGAUGAACAGAGACUACCUGAAGUUUAGGAAUUCCUUAAGAGGCCUAGACUUUUGCUCAUAUAUGUGCGGAGAUAAGGCCUUAUACUCAGAAUUCGAUGAUAUUUUGGACUAUUAUUUGAUAUACUUGUUUUAUAGGUGGUCAAACGGAGAAGGAUGCUCGGGAAUGUGUAAAAUCAAGCGCAUAGGGGUAGAUUGUACGAAAUACGGGGACAGAAAUAGUGUUGAAGAAGAAUCUGGAGACUAUGCGAGCUAUGGUAUCCUGUGCUUAAACUUAAUUGACCGCGGUUUGGAGAUUCUUCCACUCUUAGGGAAGAUUGACUGCAAGUCUUUAGGACAUGAAUUUUCAAGAUAUCUAAACUCGUUGUACUACUCGAGGUCGGUGGACAGACAUAGUUUGAUUUUGGAGGGAAUUAUAUUCGACAGAAGGAUACAUGUCAAGGAAGCCGAUUGGAUUGAUCAUCUGUUAGAGUUUAAGGAAAAAGAUCUGAACAGGUGCCUAAUGUUAGUGUUCAAAGUCAAGGGAAGGGCUCAGAUUAUUGAAAGGGAAACAACCCGUUUGGAAAUAGAAGAGAAGUUGGUCGACCUUAUGGAUCAAGAAAUGCUAGAGCUCCCUAUAUUCACAAGCAUUGGGUAUCUCAUGGAAUAUGGAAGGAAAAAAGUAGAUUCUGAAGACUACGAAGCUCUUCUACAGAAGGACAUAAGUAACGCAGACUCAGACUCGGAUAAGAUCUUGGAAUCGACAAUAGUUAUAUCAGGACAUCGGGACAAGAGAAAUUCCAGUGCUGAUAAAGAGUUUGGACUCCAUUCCAUAAUGGAAGCCUUAGAGAGAUUUUAUAAGGAUACGUCUGUCUGUGACAUAGAGAGAAACUACAAGUACUUUCUGUACCUAAUCACAACGCCAUUUGACUUUGAGAUGGCUGAAAGAUAUUUUCUGGACUGUUCUGUUUAUGAGUUUGUGGACAGGAUUAGACAUGCACGGGAAAUGGCAGUUAAGAAUGAAGACCCCGUUUUCUACAAUGUGACUUUGAAGUACGUUUCAUUUGAAGUAGAAAGUGCUUAUGAAGAUAGAAUUCGAGAUGCUAAGUCGAAAUUAAGGAAGGAACCCAAGCUAUUUAGAAAGACCCUGGAGGAUUUGAAGAAGUUCCUUAUAUUACCUGUCACAAAUGUUCUAAAUCUUAAGUUUCCUCAACCGUAUCCUCUUUGCCAGGGAUAUCAUCCCAAUGUAUGUGCAAGCCUCCUUAGGGAGAGAUCGGAUUGCGAAUGUGAGGAUUGGAUUGAGUUUUCAAAGAAGUUUGACCGAAAAGAAGUUGAAAGAAUUUUUGAAAACAACAAAGUGAAAAAGAAAGAUGUACUUGGGCGCUUCCUUAACAGGAUGCCUGAAAAGAUGUUUUCUAACUCCGAAGUAUGCCUAGGUAAGAUUGUUAAUCAAAUGACAGAGGACAGAGCAAUAAUGGGUCUUACUCUUGCAUGUAUCGAGAAUCCAUACAUCCCACUUAUGUAUUUCACAUUUAUAUUUGGGCGUCGAGAAGAAGAGGUUUCCGAGGAGGAAACAGGAAUGAAGAGCGGAACGGGAAAUGUCAAUGUGAGUGACCAAAUUAAACAUGAAGAUGAGAUAGAUGAUGAGUAUGGAGAGCGAGAGAAAGUAAGUGAAAGUGAUGGGAUAGAUUUUGACAAUGAUGGAAGUGUCUCGACGGUUUCCGAGUCUGAGGAAGAAGAAUAUGAAAGCGGAGUAGAUGGAUACAAUGAAGAAGAGAGUGAAAAAGAUGAAAAUGAAAACGAAGAAGAACUCAAGAAUGAACAAGAUACAGAAAUGGAUGUUGAAGACGAGGGCUUUGGAUCGGAGAAAAGUGAAGAUGGAGGAGAAGAACAAUUGGGUCCAGAUGUCUCAGAAGAAGAUACAGAUGCUAGUAAUGUCUUGGACAGCACGGAAUCAGAAAGUGAAGGAGAGGCAAAGUCACAAAAUGAAGAAGAUUCCAACUUCCACAACGAGCCUAAAACAAGCGAAUACCAAUUUAAAGAAGGAAUUCUUAACAAGAAUCAGACGUGUGAGGUUGCAGACAAUUACGACAGAUAUGUUGCAGGGAAUAACCAAGAGGAUCGAGCACUUUGUCAAGGAGAGGGGAAUGAAAAGAUUUCAGGAGAUGAAGAUUCUGGAAGUGGAGAUGCAUUUGAAUCUACUGUAAGAAUUAGAAUAGAGGAAGAGGAUUGUACUAAGUUGACGAAUAUGCUCAAGAUAAUUAUGGAGUCAAGAAAGGGAAGCAAGUACAAAGGAGACUUUAAGAGUGGAAAGAAGCUGAACAUGAAGAGGUUGGUUCCGUAUAUAGCCAGUGGAUUCAGAAGAGAUAGGAUUUGGAUGAGGCGCCAAAGAAAUGAUAAGAAGGAUUAUAUCCUUCGCUUAUUUAUUGACAACAGUAAGAGUAUGUAUAACCAGGAGAUGAUUGACACUCUUUUGUCUCUAUAUUCGAAGAUAAACAAAUCCUUCUCUCUGCUUGGGAUACCGGUUGAAGUUUAUAGAUUUGGCGAACUCCUGGAAAGAAGUACGGUAGAAGAAAUGAGAUUCAGUGACUCCCAAACCAUGAUCGACUGGAUCGACGAGUUUGAUGAUGGAAUCAACAUUAUUUUGACCGACGGUCUCUUCCAGAAUGUAGGACAUCAUCACCCCAACUUCCUAGUCCUGCUGAUCGACAAAUGCAACGUCAAGAGAAUGUCUAAAGUAACUGUUUCGGAAGGAUCCGUGUUUGUCCAGAGAUACCUAGAUACCUUCCCUCUUAAAUAUUGCAUUAUUUCAAGUGUAGAUGAACUUGAGUCUACAUUCGUGAUGGCAUUAAGCGAACUUAUUAGUUCCUAA